AUGGAACAGGCAAAGGAGGCAGUCGAGAAGGUGGCAGAGGGUGUUAAAAAUGUUGCCAUUGGAGAGAAGAAACCUAAAGCACCUAAAGCACCAAAGCCCAAGAAGGAAAAGGGAGGGGAUAGUGGGGCAGAUUCCGGACCUUUGGAACUCAACCCAGCGCCAGAAUUUAUUGCUCAUCGCAUAGCAGUUUUCGACAAGUUGAAGGCCAAAUACGAUGCUGAAAUUGCCGCGAAACCAAGAGUGCCUAUUACCAUUACUCUUGCCGAUGGAUCCAUUAAGGAAGGUAUCGCUUGGGAGACUACCCCCGCGCAAAUCGCAGAGGGAAUUUCGAAGAGUCUUCUUAAGCGUACUGUUGUUGCCAAAUUGAAUGGAGACUCUGAACAACUAUGGGAUUUGGAGAGACCUUUGGAAAAUGAUUGCAAACUUGAGUUGCUUCCUUUUGAAAAUGAUGAGGGUAGACGAGUCUUCUGGCAUUCUAGCGCUCAUAUAUUGGGUGAAGCUUCAGAAAGACGGUUCGGUUGCAGUUUGUGUAUCGGGCCUCCUAUUGACAAUGGUUUCUAUUAUGAGAUGGGUCUACCCAACCAAGGAACAGUUACCGACGCAGACUGGCAGCCAUUGGAGAAAUUGGUCGGCCAAAUUGUAAAGGAGAAGCAGAAGUUCGAGCGAUUGGUUCUUUCCAAAGACGAUCUUUUGGAGAUGUUCAAGGACAACAAGUACAAGCAGCAUAUCAUUAAGGACAAGAUUGCGGACGGAACUAACACCACUGUCUACCGGAAUGGACCUCUGAUCGAUUUGUGUCGAGGCCCUCACGUUCCUAAUACCGGCAGGAUCGAGACAUUUGCUAUCAUGAAGAAUUCAGCAUCAUACUUCCUAGGAAAUAAAGACAACGACUCUCUGCAGAGAAUUUAUGGUGUAUCAUUCCCAGAUAAGAAGCAAAUGGCCGAGCACAAGAAGUUUUUGGAGGAGGCUGCAAAGCGUGAUCACAGAAAACUUGGUAAGGAUCAAGAACUGUUCUUCUUCCACGAAUUAUCUCCUGGGUCUGCAAUGUGGUUGCCACAUGGUGCUCGUAUCUAUAACACUAUCCAGUCAUUCUUGAGAGAGGAGUACUGGAAACGUGGCUACAACGAAGUCAUUACGCCAAAUAUGUACAACUCUGAACUCUGGAAGACCUCUGGUCAUUGGGCAUACUACAAGGAUGACAUGUUCACGUUCCCGGUCGAGAAGGAUGUUUUUGCUUUGAAGCCCAUGAACUGCCCUGGCCAUUGCUUAAUGUUUGGACACCGUGAACGUAGUCAUAGGGAGUUGCCAUGGCGAGUUGCAGACUUUGGUGUGCUGCAUCGUAACGAAGCUUCGGGUGCAUUGACUGGUUUGACAAGAGUAAGAAGAUUCCAGCAAGACGACGCCCACAUCUUCUGUAGGGAAGACCAGAUCAAGGAUGAGAUUACCGGCUUGUUCGACUUCCUCAGGGCUAUCUACGGCCUUUUGGGUUUCACAUUCAAGCUGAAGCUUUCUACCCGCCCAGAGAAGUUUUUGGGUAAAAUUGAGACUUGGGAUAUGGCAGAGGAUAAACUCCGAUCUGCCUUAGACGAAUUUGCGUCAAGUGAUGGCGGAGUCCCGUGGGAACUUAAUGAAGGUGAUGGUGCUUUCUAUGGUCCAAAGAUUGAUAUCACUAUCUGUGAUUGUCUGAAGAGAGAAUGGCAAUGCGCUACAAUCCAACUUGAUUUCCAACUGCCUCAAAACUUUGGACUUGAAUACAACACUGGUGAUGUGCCAACCAAGAAGGAAGAGGCGGCCGUCAAGGAGCCCGUUGUCAAACCAAAAAAGGAUACCGAACCAGAAGAUCCAAAUGUUCCAAAGGAGAGAGUAUAUAAACCACUUACUCCUGGAUGCGCCAGACCAGUCAUGAUUCACCGAGCGAUGGCAGGUAGUAUCGAGCGUUUCACGGCCAUCUUGAUUGAGCAUUUCGCAGGUAAAUGGCCUUUCUGGUUGAGUCCUCGACAAAUCCUCGUUAUCCCAGUCGGUGUUGGCUACUUUGAAUAUGCUAAAGAAGUUCAAUCCAUCUUCCACAAACAACAAAUGUUCAUUGAUGUUGACCUCAGUGGCAACACCCUGCAAAAGAAGAUCCGUACAGGCCAAUUGGCACAAUACAAUUUUAUAUUCGUUGUCGGGGAUACGGAAAUGAACGGUCGCGAAGUUAAUGUUAGGAACCGUGACGAUACAUCGAGUCAAGAUAGAGGAAAGCCUGUUUCAUUGCAAGAAGCGAUUGAGAAGCUCACGGCACUUCGUGAUGAGCGAAGAUCGGAUAAUCCGUUCCCUGGUGAAGCAAAGGCUGCCGAGCCAGCGGCAGCUGUGGCACCUGCUGCACCUGCUGCUUAG